AUGUCCACUCACAAACAACAUGUCCAUUACAUUCUGCUGGCAGAAUUCGAUAUCGAUAAAGGCGCUUCGCUAAAAUAUCAAUACCCAACCGAGACAGGCACAGACGAACAUGUAUUAUCUGAGCUCAUGUUACCGGAUGGAGCUCACUUGCGAGCCGAAGAUUGGACCAUCUUUUGUCUGAAUCAAAUGAUUCCCGAUCCAGAACAAACCCAAAACACCAAUCGAGAUGCCCAAGAGAAACCAUUGCUGUACGUUCUCAACUUGGUACGCACCAAACACGACGCCACCGCACGAAGAGGCGCACGCGUCAAAGCCAUGGCCAUCUGCACUCGACAUCAGUUCUUACACAUAUACAAGCCGGUAUUGUUGCUAGCAAUGGAGAAAUAUUUUGAGAAUCCAUGCAAGGAAAUUCUCGAAUCACUAUAUAAGGCCGUGAAUUCCAUGGAUCUCAGUCGUAUCCCGAACUUUACAUGGCAUGAACGUCAAAUUCUGCGAGCGUCCAACAACAAGUCCAUGUUUGAGGAAAUGUUUGUGGAGGAAGCCAGCGAGAAACUGGCCUCGCCCACAUCAGCCGGCACCAGUUCCAGUAAAUGGGACGGAUUCAGUAGCGACGAUGAAGAAAGUACAAGACUGCGCCGCGGCACUUACAUUGAUCUCACCUCGGGCCAGAUGCGAGAAAUCUUGCCCAGCCUAAGUAAAGAUCGCCAUUUUUACGAAACCAAAAUUGAAUACGAAGGCAUCAAAUUACCAAUCCGUGUCCCCUUGACCAUGAAUGCCGAAGAAGUUGGAGAUUUCUCCUUGAUCAAAUUGAUCACCGCAUUUUCCCGUUCCACCUCCACGCAGCCUGGUUCGCCCAAUCCACAUCAUCCUCAUCUUGAUAGUCCCGGCCCUUACACGCAUCCCAUCAUGAUUCUUUUAAACGCAUUACUUACACAGAAACGCAUUGUAUUUCUCGGUUACGGCCACCCUUCGGGCGAAGUUGCCAAUUACGUCUUGGCUGCUUGCGCUCUCGGAAGCGGCUGCGGUACCGUUCUUCGAGGCUUUACUGAACGCGCUUUCCCCUACACAAAUCUGACAAGUGUGGAUGACUUGCUGAAAUGUCCUGGGUUCAUUGCGGGUGUAACGAAUCCCACCUAUGAGGAACAUACGGGUUGGUGGGAUGUGCUUUGCAACAUCACGACGGGCAAAAUUACGGUCAGCAAGGAUAUUGAAGUCUCCAGUCUGAGCGCUCGCAAAUUCUCAAUCCAUUCGUCUUUGGAAGAAAACUUUGGCUCCAUUUCCCUCGGUCGUGCCGCCGCCAUGAAUGCCGCCAACAGUCAAAACAACAAGACCGAUGACAAAAACGCAAAAGAGAAAGACAUGGAUACAGAGUUUAUGAACGAUGUUCUUGCUGCCAUUCAAGCGCAUUACGAUGAAACGUCCAUCCGGGCCAAAUUUCAGGAAUACGUAUUGCGGUUUGUGCGACUGGCCGGUCUUUACGAAGAAGAAAUGUAUCAUACGACCAAAAUCGGAUGGGCGGGUAGUGAGGAAAAUGAAAAGGAUAAGUUAUUGGGCCAUGGACCUGUGUUUCCUGAUGAAGCCACGAAACAGCGAGAACUGGCCGCCAAUGCCGGUCGCAUUGAAGGCUGGCGACAAACCAUCUCUUACAGAUAUUAUCAAAGGGAUUUCUCGGCAUGGCGUGAAGAAGCGUGUUUGCGUGAUUUGGAUAUUUAUCGACAGAUCACCAAACUGAAAAAACUGCGAAAUCUACCUGAAAAUGAAGUCAUUGCGAUAUUUGAAGCGUUCAACAAACGCAUCGUAUCCGACAAGGAAAUGAUUGAAUUUUUAUCUCAUUUACCACAACAUCAAGGCGGUUUGACACCGCUUGGUAUUGGUCUUUUGCACUCCUCAGCGACGGUCCGUUCUUACACUGUUCAAUUAUUCAACCGUUUAGCCAAAAACCCGGUAAGGAAUUUUUUUUUUUUUACUUGA